CACUCCAGUCCCGUACUCUUCACCACCACCACUACUUCACCGGUUUCUUCUCAGACACAAAGAAGAAAGAUCUUUUAUAGCCUCUUGGGUCCUCGUCGACCUCUCUUGUUUAGCCCACGUACGUAACCUCCUCUCCUUCCAUGACCAAACCGAUGUUCCGACUCCUUGUCGCGCUGAUCCUUGCCGCCGUCUUGGCGGCGUCCACCGAUGCCCGUGCUAUCCACCCUCUCUUCCUCCCCUUCGGCGAAGGUGGCCGUCGCCUCAUCGGCAUCGACAGUUGCGACGAAUGCAUAGCCUUAUGUCAACAGGUGCACUACAGGACGCUGUGCAGAAGGCUAGCGACGCUGCCGGCGGUGACAACUCCGAAGCAGCUGCUGGACGUGGCCCUGCGGGUGUCGGCGGCGAAGGCGGCCAUGGCGGCGAUGCGGCUGGACGGGGCGAUCAGGUCAGGCGGUCGGGCCACGGGUAGGGCGAUGAUGUCGUCGCUGCAGACGUGCAGGGAGAGCUACGCAUCGCUGGUGGACUCGCUCAAAACCUCCCGGACCACGCUCAAGAACGGAGGCAGCCAUGACGAUCUCAUGUCGCUGCUUUCCGCCGCCGGCACCUACUCCACGGACUGCAAGGACGUCUUCGACGAACGGCCGGAGCUCAAGUCGCCGAUAUCCGGCGCGCAGCGCCACAUCACCCGCCUCGUCAGCAACUGCAUCGAACUGGCUGCCACCAUCAAGCAGCCCUGAGUGGUGGAUGCUGCAGGCUAGCGGUGUGUGCAUGAGUUCCGGUCUAUGCACCUGAGAUUGGACACUCUAAUUCAGAUUUUGGCAUGUAGUAUUAUUUCCCACAAUUACGUGUAUUUUAGUGUAAAUGGCUCUGUAUGUAGAUUUGUCAUCUGGGCACUACGUUCCAUAGGUAACUUGUGGAUAGAGAUAAAUUGUCUUUAGCUGACGCCGGGACAGACUAACAGCCUGAAAGGUGUAUUCAGAAUAAGUUAGUAAGUUACUCCUUCAAUUGUUUGAACAGAACUUCUUUUUCA